GAUUAUAUUCUACACAUAAAAGUGUCAGUUCUAGUAUGUAUGAAAGGGUCCAUACAAUGUAUUUAAAUAACUAUUAGCCACUAAAUUAAUAUGUGGCCUCAGAAAUAUCGUCAUUUUUAAAACGUUGUCCUACUUUAAAAAAACAUCGUUGUUUUGUUAUUAAAGCUUUAUUAUCCCAGUUUUUAAUUUAGCAACUGAAAUAAGCUAAUGCGCAUGAGCGGAAGCAUUACAAUUGAAAACGAAAAUGAGUGGCUACCCAACCCUUCGUCCUGAGCCAACAUCAAGCAAAGUUAUUGAUCUACCUAAAGGCCCUUAUGGAGUACCAGAUGCAAUGAUAUAUGGGCUUCAGGCCAGUAGAGCAAGUGCAGGACUUCAGACUGUCCAUCCUCUUCAAGCUUCAGAAGAAAAUUGGAAAGAACACCAGUUGAAAAUGGAUUUUGCUAUGUUAAGGAAUUCUCAAGGUAUCCAUGCACCACUUAAACUUCAAAUGGAGCGCUACUCAGCUUCAAUGAUGCAGCGACUACCUUGUCUGCAUAGCUCAAAUCUCUUGAUGGAUGGUUUAACAGGAGCUGAUGAUCACAUUGGGUUUGAGGAUAUUUUAAAUAACCCCGCUGACAGUGAGGUAAUGGGACAACCACAUGCAAUGAUGGAAAGGCGUUUAGGAUUAUUGUAAUUAUCACACAGUCCAUUUUUUAAAAUGAAUAACCUUGUGUUUGUCUGAAUUUGUUUUUUUUUUUUUUUUUAACUUUAAAUCUUCAGUCUUAUUAGAGUAAGAGUGUGAGUAAAUGCAUAGUGUGAUUGCUGAGGUUCUGCUUUAAGAUCAAUACACUUCUCAUUAUUUUGAAAGUAUGUUCUAAUAUUGAUUGGUUAUGAAAAAAGAUUGCAGAAAGGUGAAAGUUAUAAAGAUUGGUCAAUACUAAACAAGCUGUUACUCGCAUUGUAAUGUGAAUUCUAUAUGGUAUUGAUGACAAUGCAUGUUUGUGAAAAUAAUCUGUUGUAACUGAUUUCAGUGCAGAAUAAAAUGUGUUUAAAAAACAUGCAUUUUACUUUGGUUUUUAAGAUUGAUAAAUGUUUUUUCUCAUCGUGUGUUGCCACAUCCUUUAGUUCCAGAGUUCUAGCUUGUUCUGAUUUGUAAUACUAUGAAAUUUUUUAAAUAAGUGUUCAUUGUGGUGUGCAUAUUGUGCAAGUGAAAGUUUUUUUAUUUAAUAAAAUGAGUGGCAUGUUGUAAUAAAAUUGUGAAAAGUA